AAGGCGCGCCUCCGCGUGAUGUCAUCGGGCGUCGCCAUGACAGAGCCGGAAGUGUUUCCGUUUUAGCCCGGAGAAGGCAACGGCAGAACGGGCCGAAGGGUAGAGAGCAGCAUGAGAGUAACAUCAACCGUCUCUGGGGGAGCCCCCAGCAGCACAUGACUGAGAGCCUGGAUGGCGCAGUCUGACCCAAGAUCCCGCCCCCUGGUGGAAGAUUUUGUCCAGUACAAGCUGUGUCAGCGGGGUUUGGUUCCAGAGCCAGUUGGACCUCCAUCCUGUAGUCUGCAUUCAGCUAUGCGUGCUGCAGGGGAUGAGUUUGAGGAACGCUUCCGGCAGGCUUUCAGUGAAAUAUCUACACAGAUACAUGUGACACCUGGGACAGCAUACACACAUUUUGCGGAGGUAGCAGGUGGUCUGUUCCAAGGUGGGGUAAACUGGGGUCGCGUGGUGGCAUUCUUUGUGUUUGGAGCUGCACUUUGUGCAGAGUGUGUCAACAAAGAGAUGGCUCCCCUUCUACCACGGAUUCAAGACUGGAUGGUGAUCUUUAUGGAGAACAACUUGAGAGACUGGAUGCAGAGCAAUGGGGGAUGGAAUGGGUUUCUAACUUUGUAUGGUGAUGGUGCUAUAGAAGAAGCAAGAAGACAGCGUGAAGGAAACUGGGCCUCUCUGAAAACCGUACUAACUGGGGCAGUGGCUCUUGGGGCUCUUAUGACUGUAGGAGCUCUGUUUGCCAGCAAAUGACACAUAAAGAAACAGACACCAAAUGUCCUCUGCAAGCAGUGUGCUUUAUCCAUGCACAACAAGAAGUGUGUUUGUAGAUGAAUGGCACUGUUAGAGUAUGUGACGGUUGUUGCCUGUGUGCUUCUGUGUAUGUUUCUUUGUUUUAAUAUGAUGUUGUUUUUGCAGCAUACGAGUAUGUAUUUUGUGUGUCCGACUGCAUUAAAGAUUACAGGUAUUGUCUGUAUGCUGAUUUUCUGAGUGUGAUCAUGCAUGUCUGCAUUCUAGUGUUUUUCUGUGCAUGUGUACUCAAUAUGUCUUUCUCUGUGUGGAUGAAAUGUUUGUAUGGCUCCAUUAUAUGAUGCUUUGUGUAUGGAAGAGAGAACUGUAUUGCUUUGUCUACAUUUGUGUCUGUGAGCAGUGCUGGUAUUUAUUGCUUCUCCUUGCUGCUGGUGAUUUAGUCUAAUGAAUUUGUAGUAGGAGGGAGCUUCUUUCUCUCUACAAGAUUCUUCUCUUCUGUGCAUUUGAGGACAGUAAACACGCAUGAGUAGAGCUAACAGUCUCAAAUCAACAAUA